AUGGGAGAAAGCGGAGGUAAGCGAUGGAACUUUGGGGCCAAUGAGGUCGUCGAGCAAUCUUGUUCGCAGAACGUCCGCUAUUUUCUGAACCUCCUCGCCGAUAAUCUCGACGGCAAUGACGGCAGAGCAGUCAUCCCUCUCGGGCACGGCGAUCCCUCUCCCUUCCCCUCCUUCCGUACCGAUCCGGCCGCCGUGGAAGCCGUCUGCCACGCUCUCCGCUCCGCACAGUUUAACCACUAUUCCACUACUUCUGGCCUUCCUCUCGCUAGGAAAUUCAUGUUUCUGUUCAACGCCGCAUAUGCUUUACUUGUCCCCAAAGGCAACACUCUGAAUCGUCUAAUUGGUUUGGCUGUUGCAGAGUACCUCUCCCGCGACCUCUCUUACCAGAUCUGUCCAAACGACGUUCAUCUGACAGCUGGUUGUCAUCACGCCAUUGACGUCUUGAUCUCCACGCUCGCGGUUCCUGGGGCCAACAUUCUGCUGCCUAGGCCCACUUACCCGAUGUACGAUUCCCGAGCAACUUUCAGCAAGCUAGAGAUCCGUCGCUACGACCUCCUUCCAGAUAAUGGUUGGGAGGUUGAUCUCGACGCAGUUGAGGCUCUCGCAGAUGACAAAACCGUCGCUCUGCUUCUUAUAAACCCUUGCAAUCCAUGUGGAAACGUCUUCUCGCGCCAACACCUGCAAAAGAUUGCAGAAACUGCUAGCAAGCUCGGGGUGCUUGUGAUCGCAGACGAAGUCUACAUGAAAAUGGCAUUUGGGGAGAAGCCAUUUGUGUCCAUGGCUGAGUUUGCAGAGAUUGUGCCAGUGAUGCUGUUAGGUGCAAUCUCAAAGAGGUGGUCCGUUCCCGGCUGGAGAUUUGGCUGGAUGGUCACCCUUGACCCUCAUAGCUUCAUGAAAGACUCUGGGCUCGUACACAGUCUUGCCAACGUCCUCAACAUGUCGACAGAUCCCACAACUUUUAUUCAGGGAGCAAUUCCUGAUAUCCUUGGCAAGACAAAAGAGGAUUUCUUCUCGUCGAAACUCGAAACACUAAGAGAAUGUGCAGAGACUUGCUACGAGGAGAUGAAGAAGAUCCCUUGCAUCACUUGCCCUUACAAGCCCGAGGGGUCAAUGUUCACUAUGGUGAAGAUAGAGUUUGGGCAUCUUGAAGAUAUCAAAGAUGACUUGGAGUUCUGCUGCAAGUUGGCUAAAGAGGAAUCUUUGAUCAUCCUACCGGGUCGAGCUGUUGGGCUUAGGAACUGGCUACGCAUCACCUUUGCGGUCGAGCUCGAGCUCCUUGUAGAUGGGCUUUCCAGGCUAAACAACUUUGCUCAGAGACACUCCAAGAAGCACCCAUGA